CAGCGAACCAAACCACCCUAAUGUGUACGAAGGAGGAAGAAGCUAUAGGCGCAUAUCGGGGGCAAAGGUGCGCAAAACCUAAGCGAACCUAUCUGGAUUCUUGAGUUGUACGGGCGAAAUCCGAAGCUCUUCGACGCUCCCCUUUGGAUAGCUUAGUGAUCGUCCUCAAGCUUCCAUCGCCGUCCUCGCCGCCACAGGCAUGCCGGAGCAUUUGGAAAAGGCCGAUCCCUCGGCUCUUGCUGAUGGUGUCGAUUCGCCCAUGUUGGAUCAGGAGGAUUUCGAAGUUGAAGAGGAAGAAGUAGAGAUGGAUGAGGAGGAGGAGGAGGAGGUAUCAGAAGGCGAAGAAAAAGAGGACGUUGAGGCGGAAGAGGAGGAGGACGAUGAGGAAGAGGCUAGCGAAGUUGAAGAGGAGGAGGAAGUUGAAGGUGGGGACAGCGAAGGUGAAGAAGUCGAGGAGUUGGUGGAGUAUGGUAUAGAUCGAGAGCAAGAAGAGAUCGACGAGGUUGAGGAGGUAGAGGGAGAGGGAGAGGAAGAGGGUGAAGGCAACGAUGAGCAAGAGGCUGAAGAGAUGGAGGAAGAGGGUGAGGAUGAAGGCAGUGGAGAGGAUGAGAUCGAUGAGGAAGAAGUGUUAGUGGAAGAUGAGAGAAGGGGGAAAGACGACGAAGAGUCUGCCGUCAUUUCUGCAGAAGCUGCAAGUGCUGCGCCGGAGGAUGCCAAGGCCAGGGAUAAUGCUGAGAAGCAUCAUGCUUAUGAUCAUUCUAAGGUGCCCUCAACUAAUAUCAAAGAGUUUAAUGGUACAAGUGUGAGCAAGGGGAGUUCUGCUUUAGUUUCUGAACACAUCACAGCAGAAGAAAAUGGAAAUCUGGAAACUUUGUUGGGCGAGACAUACAAGGGGGUUCUAUUAGAAAAGGAAAUCACUAAUGAAUCACCAAAACAUGUUAAAAAUAACUCCUUGGAAACUCAAGGAAGUCUCCACUCACUUGGCUCUGAUAAUACCAGAUCCCUGCAACCUCUGAAAAGUGAUUUAUCUAUUGAAGGUGGUGUAAGAAAUGAAUCUGAGAUAGUAAACUAUAAUGUUUCUGAAAAAGGUGAAUCCCAUCUGCAAGAAAAAAUCAAUUCACAAUUGUUAGAGGACUUGACCCCCACGUGUGGCCAUACUCCACAACGGAGGCCUAGGAGUUCCUCACCAGGUUCUGAACCUGAGAGAAUGAACAAAAGACUUGCAAAUGUAUGUGUAUUUUAUGCUAGAGGCUGGUGCAUCAAAGGGAAUUCAUGCAAAUUUCUUCACCAAGAAGAUGGGGUAAAUAAAAUUGAGCAGCAGACCAAAGAAGACACAUUUGGAAAUAACAGGACAUUGGAUUCUCGUGCCAGUACAGGUUCAGAAAAAAUAAGUGAAAGAUCAAAAGUAUCUCCUGCACUGUUAGAAUCCAAUCCCAAGGGUUCGUUGGGAUGUAAUUCUCAAUUGCAAAGAGCUCUUGUUAGGACAUAUGGUACAGGAAGCCACAUGACAUCUCAGCUUGCUGACAAUUAUGACAUGCACAGUAAAGGAGAAUUUCAGCAAUCUGAUCAUGUUCAAGCAGACUACUCUUCGAAUCGAGAAGAAAACAAGAAAACUUAUGGUAAGAUGAGCCAUUUUGAAUCCAUUGUUGAGAGGCAGCCUGUUGAUGCUUUCUUAUCCAGAAGACACCUGAUUGAAGGGAAACUUGUUAACGAAAUCAACGAGGACUCUCCAUAUGACAUGACAAUUUCCGGAAGAACUCGUCCAGUAGAUACAUUUCUUUCUAAUGCUAAACACUACUCAGAUAGUUCUGCUACAUCAUCCAUUCUGCACCGGAAUAGCAAUAGUCCAUCUCCUUAUGGAAAAACAGAAGGCAAUGCUAUUAGAAGCGUGCAAAGUCAUUUCCUAAAUCAAGAAUCUUACAAUUCACAUAGUUUGGCGGAUUCUCAAAAUUCAAGAUUGGGCGGUUCUUUUCAAUUUCCACAAUUGGAUUAUAGGCUUUCUCGUGCAGGAACACCACCAAAUUCUGGCUCCACUCGAAAUACUGAGUAUCUUGAGGGACAUAGUUUGUUAGAUCUUGAUAGAAGAUACCGUGGCUCUGGGUCUAUCUCGCUUACCAGAGAUUCUUCCCCUUACAACUCACGCUCUGAAUUACGAAAUAUGAUACAUCAUAAUAUUCCCAGUGAUCUGACAUCUAGGCAAACAAAAAAAAUCCAAUACGAUGCUUGGGAGCCAUCCCAACCUUUUCGAUCUUCUUUGGCCAUUGCAAGUAAAAGUAUAUCCUCUCCUAGUCAAUAUGAUCCAAUUCUUGAUAGCAUUGAACCAGCGACUGCCAAUGCUAGAGAUUGUUUCCAUACUUCCCGAACGACUCCCUUUCAAAAUGCUUCAUUUCUUCCCACAAAAACUGAAAAUGCUAUUUCAUGGGAUGGCAUGCUGGCUAAGAAUGCAUCUUUACAUGAUUCUAGUGCUCAUACUUCUGCGGAUGUAUUUUUCACUUCUACCAAAUUAGAAGGGGAAAACAAUUCCUUUCCUAGCAAUGAGAAGUUAUGGAAUCCUGAUCGUUUGCUUGAAAGGUCAAAUUACAAAGAUGCAGAACUUGGCGGUGAAUGGAAAAAUAAUGAUAAGAGCAGGAAUAUCAAGGAAUCUAAAGCAUUGAAGAUUUUUCAUACUGCUUUAGUAGAUUUAGUGAAGGAAUUGUUAAAGCCAUGGUGGAGAGAAGGACAGUUAAGUAAAGAUGCCCACAAAACAGUAGUUAAGAAAUCAGUUGAGAAGGUUCUUAGUGCAUUACAAUCCCAUCAAAUCCCUAGCACACAAGAAGCAAUAAACCAGUAUCUGACAACAUCUAGACAAAAAAUUUUUAAACUUGUUGAAGGCUAUGCACAAAAGCAUGCCAAUUCCUGAGAUUCUGAUGAACUCACUAAGUUAAAAUAUAGUGCAGAGUACCUACAUGGUUCUAUUUUUGUAUAUUAAGUAGCUGGUGUGGCUAAGACAAACAUCUUACCUUGGUAUGCUAAAACGUUCCCUUUGUUAUUUGAGUUUCCUUUUAAGGUAUGCUGCAUAGUUUGUCAAAAGCCAUUCCUUUCCGUGGUUAUUCUGUUCCCCCAGGUGAUGGAUAUCGAGAUGCGACUGAUUAAGUUUGUUAAUGACAUUAUUAAGACAUGGAGGUUUUUCUUACCCAUGCCAUAACUUAUUUCCUUGAGAGUAUAAAUCUGAAGUCAUGUUACCAGAAAUUUUUGGCAGUUAUGAUCCAGUCCUCAUGAUUUUGAAAUAUUAUAAUUUUGUUCUUUAGUUUUA